UCAAGAUAUCUGCGAAUCGUCUCAUUUGUCAAACCUGUCGAUUUUUGUAAAAUGUCAAUAUGAAUAUGCUCUCCUACACAGUGAUCCUGUUGUUCGUUCCAUACGCUAUAUGCGCGACAGAGUGCUCCAGGGUAGGAGUCGGGAGCGCAGGAGGAGGUGGUGUUGCUGGCAAAAUGCAAGCAUCCAAUGUGGCCAUGAAAGCAGCCCAAGAAGCCAAAGCGGCUGAAGACGCGCAACAACAAGCGGGCCAGCAAGCUGCUCACCAGGUGAAGGAGCAAUUGGCAGAGAAGGCCAUGGAGGCAGCCAAAGCAGCAGAGGCGGCACUUCAGGGUAAGGAGGCACUUGUUGAGCAGCUGAAGGAUGAGAUGAAAGAAGCUGAAGUUGUGGUCAACGAAGAGCAGCAGAGUCUGCAACAAUUGCAACAAACUGUGCAGGCGGCAGGCAAAGCUGCUCAACAAGCUCAGGCUAACGUGAAGCUGCUGCAGACCAGUUUGCAGCUGGCGCAGGGAGAUGCGCAAAAUGCUCAGCAGGCUAUGGAAGGUGAUAACCAACAGGUGCAAGAGAAGGAAGGUCUGUUGGACGCGGCCAAACAGAGAAUGGAGCAACUAUCUUCCGAGUUGAAAGAAUCAAAAUCAGACCUGGCGAAGACCAAAGAUGCUGCGAAGAAAGCCGAACAAGCUGCCAGUGAAGCAAAACAGAACGCAAACAGAAACAGACGAAGAGCUGGGAAGCAAAAGAAGAGGAAGUAGUACAGAAUAUAGUUAUUUUCAUAAUUUAUUUAUAAUUUUCUUGCAAUCUCAUAAUUAUUAAAGUUUAUGCUCUACCACAAAAAAAGGAGAUAUAAUCACUUGUAAUAAAAAAUUGUGUCAAGCGGGUUGAAUUUGCAUAUCGCAUGCAGAAAAA